CUUGUCAGCGCAUUAUGGCUCUGUUUUUAUAUCUUCUCCUUGGUGCCGAGGUCACAACCUGGCUCACUGUCAUCUUGCCCACUGCGUUUGUUGUAUAUUGGGGACUGUGGGUUGUCUACGCACGCACUCUGCACCCGCUCGCCAAAAUACCUGGUCCAUUUUGGCCAUCCGUCUCACGGACAUGGCUCAUGUAUCGCGCCUUGGCUGGAGACUUGGAGAUUCACCAGCGUGCGCUCCACAAGCAAUACGGUCCACUCGUUCGCGUUGCGCCGGAUGAAGUAGUCUGUGAUGACCCAAGGGAGAUCCCGAUAGUAUACCCAAUUACGAGGCCGCUGGAAAAGACGGCAUGGUACGAUGCUUGGCGCCCUGCAGGUAUGCACUCCAGGCCGGAUAUGUUCACAAACCGGUCUGAGAAAGAUCAUGCUGCCUACCAGAGGACCCUCGGCCAUGUAUACUCCCUGACCAAUGUGCUCAAGAGUGAACCCAUGCUGGAUGAGACCAGAUCCCUCCUACUUCAGAGACUAGAUGAAUUCGCCGAUAGAAAUGAAGCAUUCGACUUCGGCCUAUGGCUCGAGAUGUUCUGUUACGACAACAUUGGUGUUGUCUUCUUCGGAAAGCAAUUUGGGUUCCUGAGGGACAGUGUCGAUUAUGGAGGCUACAUCACUGCCGUCCACCAAGCCCUCCCUUUCCUACAUAUCCUAGCUUCGGCACCAGCAUAUAUACGCCCCUUCCUCAUGGGUGGCGCGGUACUUAUUCCAAAGCUUUUAAAGGCUGUGCUUGCGGUAGAUGGCAUCAAGAGGACUGCUGAGCGGGAGACUUACGAAGCGCAAGCACGGACCGAGGAGGCUACAACGAAACGAGUCGAUAUGACCUCUGCGAUGCUUGGUAUUAUGCGGGAGAAGGGUGAGAAGAACAACUUUGGACUGAGAGAGAUUGUUUCAGAGAAUUGGACGGCUGUUAUGGCCGGAUCAGACAGCACAGCCAUUGGUCUUCGGUCCAUCUUCUACUUCAUGAUGAAGAAUCCUGAGACACUCACCAAAGCGAGGGCUGAAGUUGACGCCGCAUUCGCCAAUGGCACGCUCACAUCGCCAGUCCAGUACAAUCAGACCGUCAAGCUUCCAUACCUCGGCGCGGUUGUCAAAGAAGCCUUCCGCCUCUACGGUCCUUUUGCGGCACCAUUACAGCGCUGCACCCCACAACCUGAAGGUGUCGUGCUCGCUGGGACUCAUAUCCCAGGCGGAUGGCGGGUCGGCCUCAACCCCGCAGUUGUGCAACAUCACAAAGACGUCUUUGGGGAAGAUGCUGCCUCGUUUAGACCGGAGCGUUGGCUUGAUAGAUCUGCCGUGGAAGCCAAGUUGAUGCAGAAGUGUAUGAUGCACUUUGGAGCAGGGACUCGAACUUGCACAGGACAACAUGUGGCUAUGACGGAGAUCAACAAGAUUGUGCCUGAAAUUCUGCGUCGCUUUGAAUUCAAGAUGUCGCACGACGGGGAGUGGAAGACUCAGAAUGCUGCUUUCAAUUUCCAGACUGGGGUUACUUGCUACUUCAAGAAGAGGGAAUUGCCAAGUGAGUUUUAGGUUCCGACUUCAAUACCACACUCGGGAGUUGGUGGUCGCUGUGUAGAGUAGCUGGUACAGGGAAGGAAAUAGGCUUGCGAUAUUAACGACAUUUUUCUCGCUGCAACCACCAGUGUGCCUUAAGAGAUCCUCGCAUCAUCUAGAUGUUAGGUACUAGGUAGAAGAUUCUAGCUACGACUAAAAUGAGAUCAUACG